AAAUCUAAAUCUAUAGCCCGUCCUAAUAUUUGCUUCCCCGCCACUUCGACGAUCGUGUCGCCGGUGAAAUCUAUUGCUUCGUUCUCGAUCGUCUUCUUACCAGCUUCCAAGUCUUCCACUCAUCUAUUUUUCUCUCUCUCGAAUUGGCUGGUAGAAGAAGAGAAGAACUGAAGUGCGAUGGAGUUUGCUCUCGUUCACUGUCGUCUUCAUGGCAAUAUUAGCCAAUUCCUUUCACCCCCGUUCAGGUCCCCGUUCUACGAUGAUAGGCGCCGCUAUAGUUCUCUCAAGAUUCAGAAUAAUCUUCAUUUCAUGUCUUCCACGGUUUUGAUGGAACCAAGUGCAAGAUGUCAAGUCAGUAGAUCAAGCACUUUUCAGGAAGCCUCUGAAUUGGCAAACAUAAACUGGGACAAUAUUGCAUUUUUACCAAUACCAACUGAUUUUUUGUAUGCUGCCAAAUCUUUGGAGGAUGGAAUUUUUACGAAAGGUCAGUUGCAGCGAUUUGGACCCAUUCAUAUGAGCCCAUGUGCUGGGGUCUUAAAUUAUGGGCAGGGAGUAUUUGAAGGUAUGAAAGCAUAUAGGAAAGCAGAUGGAUCUAUUCUUCUCUUUCGCCCAGAGGAAAAUGGUUUGAGAAUGAGGAUGGGUGCUGAGCGGAUGUGCAUGCCUGCGCCAACUGUUGAGCAGUUUGUGGAUGCCGUAAAACAAACUGUUCUGGCUAACAAGCGUUGGAUUCCCCCUCCUGGUAAAGGAUCAUUGUACAUUAGACCUAUGCUCCUGGGUACUGGAUCUGUCCUUGGUCUAGCACCAGCUUCGGAAUACACCUUUCUUAUUUUUGUAUCACCCGUUGGCAAUUAUUUCAAGGAGGGUUUAGCGCCACUAGAUCUGAUAAUUGAAACAGAAAUUCAUCGUGCUAUUCCUGGUGGCACUGGUGGUGUAAAGGCAAUUGGAAACUAUUCUCCGGUUUUGAAGGCACAAUCAAUAGCCAAGGACAAAGGAUAUUCUGAUAUUUUGUACCUUGACUCGGCUCACAAGAAAUACGUCGAGGAAGUUUCAUCCUGUAAUAUUUUUGUUGUUAAGCAUAACAUUAUAUCAACUCCAACUGUAAGUGGAACAAUAUUGCCCGGGAUUACAAGGAAAAGUAUUAUCGAGAUUGCUCGAAGGCAAGGUUUUCAGGUUGAGGAACGGCUUAUUUCCGUAGAAGAAUUGCUUGUUGCAGACGAAGUUUUCUGUACGGGAACAGCUGUAGUUGUAUCACCUGUGGGAAGCAUAACAUACCUUGAAAAAAGAAUCAAAUAUGGAAAUGGAGUUGGAAUUGUGUCUCAACAGCUCUACUCGGCACUGACAAGCCUGCAAAUGGGCUUAACAGAGGACACGAUGGGUUGGACCGUCGUACUAGAUUAGGCGCCCUUAAAUUAUUUCCACCUUAGUUUGAUGAAAUUACCUCUCGGUUUGGUUUUGUUUGUAAAAAAUACUCCAUGUCACCGUAUGAUUGAGAAGGACUUUGAAGGAAGAAUUAUAUAAUAUAAAUUCCCUUUCUGUGAUCA